AAGUGUCUGGACAGGAAGGGGGUAAAAGUGUCCGGACUGGAAGGGGGGGUGAAAGUGUCUGGACAGGAAGGGGGUAAAAGUGUCCGGACUGGAAGGAGGAGAAAGUGUCCGGACUGGAAGGGGGUGAAAGUGUACGGACUGGAAGGGGGUAAAAGUGUCCGGACUGGAAGGGGUGAAAGUGUCUGAACAGGAAGGGGGUAAAAGUGUCCGGACUGGAAGGGGGUGAAAGUGUGUCCGGAC